UUUUCGCUGAUGCGGGAGCUUGGGGGCCGCCGCCGCUAGAGAGACGCUUUCCUUUUUUAUUUUUUUUUUUCCAUGUGUUCACUUCCGGGUCCGGCGCCGAUCCGGAUGCCCGAGGCAGAAGGAUGUUUGACCUCCGGAUAAGCGAGGCGCCGCUGUGCAUUCAUUCCCGGCUGCAUCGGUGGCGACAGCAGCGGCCCGGGCGGCGACUCUCCGGCCAGAGGCGGCGGUAGGAGGCACCGGCAGUAGUGCAGAGAGCGAGUCCGAGCCGAGCGGCGUUCCCUCCCUCGCUCGUUCCUUCCCCCCCUACCUCGCUCGCUCCCUCCCUGCGUGGCUCGCUUUCCUCCUCCGGUCGCCGGCGGGUGUGAUGUGCCGCCGCGGCUGCCCCCGCCGCCGCUGACUGACGGAGCAGGGGGCGCCGCCCGCGCCCGGGACCGACCCCGCAGCUCGCGGCCGCGCCUCUGAGCUCUCUAUCAAUAUCAGCUUACAUCACUGAAGAGAUAAUUUUGAAGACAUGUUUUGCUGAAAAGACAACUGAGAAAAAUUUCACGAAUGGGAUGAACACGCUUCAGUUAACUGACUACCUGCUGCAAUUUGAAUGUUAGCAGUUACCCACCUGGUACAGUUAACCUAGUGAUGUACCUAUUCUCACAAUACCCUUUUUCAUUGUGCUUGUCUUGAUUAAAGAAUUCAAAGUGGAGUACCGCAAACUUGAUAUGGAUAAUAAAAAGAAAGACAAGGACAAAUCAGAUGAUAGAAUGGCACGACCUAGUGGUCGGUCGGGACACAACACUCGAGGAACUGGGUCUUCAUCCUCUGGAGUUUUAAUGGUUGGACCUAACUUUAGAGUUGGAAAAAAAAUUGGAUGUGGCAAUUUUGGAGAAUUACGAUUAGGGAAAAAUUUAUAUACAAAUGAAUAUGUGGCAAUUAAACUGGAGCCCAUGAAAUCCAGAGCACCACAGCUACAUUUGGAAUACAGAUUCUACAAACAGUUAGGAUCUGGAGAUGGUAUACCUCAAGUUUACUAUUUUGGCCCUUGUGGUAAAUACAACGCCAUGGUGCUCGAACUGCUGGGACCUAGUUUGGAAGAUUUGUUUGAUUUAUGUGACAGGACAUUUUCUCUUAAGACUGUUCUUAUGAUCGCCAUCCAGCUGAUCUCUCGCAUGGAAUAUGUCCACUCAAAGAACUUGAUAUACAGAGAUGUAAAGCCUGAGAACUUCUUAAUAGGACGACCAGGAAACAAAACCCAGCAAGUUAUUCAUAUUAUAGAUUUUGGUUUGGCAAAGGAAUAUAUUGAUCCAGAGACAAAGAAACACAUACCAUACAGAGAACACAAGAGCCUUACAGGAACAGCUAGAUAUAUGAGCAUAAACACACAUUUAGGAAAAGAACAAAGUAGAAGAGAUGACUUAGAAGCUUUAGGUCAUAUGUUCAUGUAUUUUCUGAGAGGCAGUCUUCCUUGGCAAGGUUUAAAGGCUGACACAUUAAAAGAGAGGUAUCAGAAAAUUGGAGAUACAAAACGAGCCACACCGAUAGAAGUGUUAUGUGAAAAUUUUCCAGAAGAAAUGGCAACAUAUCUUCGUUAUGUAAGAAGGCUAGAUUUUUUUGAAAAACCAGACUAUGACUACCUAAGAAAGCUUUUUACUGACUUGUUUGAUCGAAAAGGAUAUAUGUUUGAUUAUGAGUAUGACUGGAUUGGUAAACAGUUGCCAACUCCAGUGGGUGCGGUGCAGCAAGAUCCUGCUCUGUCAUCAAACAGAGAAGCACAUCAGCACAGAGAUAAGAUGCAACAAUCCAAAAACCAGUCGGCAGACCACAGGGCAGCUUGGGACUCCCAGCAGGCAAAUCCCCACCAUUUGAGAGCUCACCUUGCAGCAGACAGACAUGGUGGCUCGGUACAGGUUGUAAGCUCUACAAAUGGAGAGUUGAACACAGAUGACCCUACUGCAGGACGUUCCAAUGCGCCCAUUACAGCCCCUACGGAAGUAGAAGUGAUGGAUGAAACCAACUGCCAGAAAGUGUUGAACAUGUGGUGCUGCUGUUUUUUCAAACGAAGGAAAAGGAAAACCAUACAGCGUCACAAAUGACUCUGGACACAGACAGAUCAUGGGGAGUUACUUACGUGUUCAUCUGCUGUCUUGUGAUUAAAAUCAUCUCUGUAGUGACCACAUACAUUUUCGAGGACUCACUCUUAGAAACGAAAUGUCAUACUUUCAUACUUCAUUUUGUGGUUGUCUUACAUUCAUAUUUUUUUCUAAUUUAACUUUUAUGGAAGCUUUAAAGUUUUGUCCAAACAUACGAGUGCUUUGCCCAUCAAUGAAUGGAACGGACCAAGGAGGUGGUACUGAUGGAUACCAUUCUGAGGACAUUUUCCAGAAGCUCUCCUCCUGUUGUAGAAAGCAGUACAGUGUCUUCAGUGUCAAACAGUCACAUGCCUAAUCUGGUUUUUUUAUAACUUCUGUAAGAGCAUAAUCAAGCAGGAGUUUUCUCCCCAAUGGAAUAAUGCAACAGAGAAGACGCAGUUGCCCAAAUAUGUAAAAGAAGUUAUUUUGUGAGAAGUUCAUUUCUUGUGUGACAUCUGCAUUGAUUUCAGUAUUACUGAUGGUACUGCUAUUCAUGAGUCAUACUAACAUUCUCUCUGUGAAAUCAUGGUACAGUCACUGCCCAGAGGUACUGAGGGAAAAGCUCUAUGGGUUCGGCAGACGGUAGCGGUCGAACGAUUCACGCUAGGUAGGAGCUCUGCUUUUGUGGCCCCACGACGCCAAGUACAGUGUUGCUCAAGUGGCAGAAGCGCUUUUUUAAAAAAGGAAAAAAAAAAAAAAAGCAAAAUAUUUGUAUAAUGUAACUUUAUGCUUCCAGAUAAUAAUGUAUGUUAGACAGCAAGAAAUGAAUACUUUGAGAAAUGAAAUAUGUUGGAGUUUUUUUGUUUUUUGGUUUUUUUAAAUACACUAAGGAGAAGAAAUCAAUGUGAAUCUCAUUGCGAUGUGUAAGGUUGAAGUCCGAGGAGAUCCCACUGAAACCUACUGCUGAAUGAUUACAUUCUCCCCUAAGCAGAAAAUUUUGGAUGUGCCAUGCAGUGGUGUCUGUCUAUUAAUUAUUUGCUUUUUGAUUAAAAAAAAUAAUAAGAAAAAGAAAAGACCCCCAGCAAUAAAAACUGGGUCAUUCUCUUGCCCUCUGUGCACAUUAGUCUCUUGUAUUCAACUUUGCUGGUUCUCUGGAAUUUUCCUACUUCUUAGAAUAAUUUUGAUGAUCGAAAACUAUUUUGGAAAGGAUGGGUCAGGUGCUUUGCCUCCAUAGUCUUUUGAAGUGCCUGGACAUGAACAAAGUAACAGUUCUGUAAAGAAAAAGGAAACCCAUGCCACUCUUCAAGUCUAGUUUGUUUUAAGCCAUAAAGACGCAGGUAUUCUUUGGUCUCAUUCUAAAGCCAGAUUCUUCAAGAAGAGUUAAGACUAAAAGACUGGCUAGAAAGAGAAGGAGUUUUUCCAAAUCUCGCAUUCACCUGUUAAGAUUGUUACUUGCUCUUUCCACGCAGCCCUUUCUUUGUCUUUAAGUGCAUGCCUGCCGGCGUGCUUAUUUAUUUUUGUUGUCUCAAGGUAACAUUUGAAAUGUGUAAUUAAAGGAAAUAAAUUACAUUUUUGACUUCAUUAUUGCAUUUGCAGGGAUUUAAUUGUACUUUGUAACUUAUUUUUCUUAUUAGCCAAAAGUUCAGCGUGUUGCUUUUUGAUGAAUUAGGCGCCCAUAUGAAUACUGCAAAUCAGGACAUUGUUUAUCACCAUUGCUCUGAAUCGUCUCAAUGGUCUUUUCAAGUUCUUGAUUUAAAGGCCCACGCUCAGCCUACAAGACAUUUGCUGUAUAAUUUGGUCAGCAGUUUCCAUUCUGUUUGUAUACUGUCAUGAUGUCUUAAACGACAGGAGUUACAUACUGAGUUUUCAUUUUUUUGUUUGCCUUGAGCAAGGUAGAUGGAUGUUUUGGCCAUUAUAAUGUGAAACCACUUUUUUUCUUUACAGUAUUUGACCAAAUUUGUGUGUCUAUGAUAUUUGUAAAUACAUGCGAUAUCUGUAUUUCUUAUCAUAAGCCUAUUUAGUUUUAUUCUCAGUAGGGUUUUUGGACUGUACAGUGUUUAUAUGAUCUGAACUCCUUAUACAUAAGAAGGUGUGUAUAUUAAUCCAAUUAUGGACUUAAAAUAUUUUAAAAGUAUAAAUACCCUUAUUUGCUGCAAAGACCAGUGUGUAGACAUUUGCUUUUUAGCAAUAUUUUUAAGUGCUCCAUUUUAAUGCCAAGGAAUAAGUCUUUUGGCAACACAAACUGGUCAGUAAUAGGUAACGCAGGUAUGUUCAGGUUAAGCCAACAAUGUUUUGCAUUUUUAUGCUUCUUUUCUGUCAACACUAAUGAAGUCAACAUUGCCUGAAUGUCUGAAUAAUGAAACACAUCCCUGUUUAAAAGUAUGUAACUGAAAAAGAAAUAAAAAAUAAAGUAGUUUUUUUAAACUC